CGGAGUUGGCGAGGCGGGUGCCGUCGGUCCCGCGCUGCGCGCUCCCUUCCGCGUUCCGCCGUCUGCCCCGCCUGGCAACCCGGCCCUUCUCCGGGGCCGCUAGCCAUGGCCGGAGCGCCCUGGAAGCAGCGCUGACGGUGGCAGGCGGAGUGCGCCAUGCCCAGCAGGACGGAUCCUAAGAUGGACCGGAGCGGCGGCCGCGUCCGUCUGAAGGCGCACUACGGCGGGGACAUCCUGAUUACCAGCGUGGAUGCCAUGACAACCUUCAAGGACCUCUGUGAGGAAGUGCGAGACAUGUGUGGCCUGCACCAGCAGCACCCACUCACCCUCAAGUGGGUGGACAGUGAAGGUGACCCUUGUACUGUGUCCUCACAGAUGGAGCUGGAGGAGGCCUUCCGCCUGGUCUGUCAGGGCAGGGAUGAAGUGCUCAUCAUCCACGUUUUCCCAAGCAUCCCCGAACAACCCGGCAUGCCUUGUCCUGGAGAAGACAAAUCCAUCUACCGCCGUGGAGCCAGAAGAUGGAGGAAGCUGUACCGAGCCAACGGCCACCUCUUCCAAGCCAAGCGCUUUAACAGGAGAGCGUACUGUGGCCAGUGCAGCGAAAGGAUAUGGGGUCUCGCGAGGCAGGGCUACAGGUGCAUCAACUGCAAGCUGCUGGUCCAUAAACGCUGCCACAUCCUUGUCCCGCUGACCUGCAGGAGGCAUAUGGAUUCUGUCAUGCCUUCCCAAGAGCCUCCAGUAGAUGACAAGAACGCUGAUGUAGACCUUCCUUCAGAAGAAACUGAUGGAAUUGCUUAUAUUUCCUCAUCUCGGAAACACGACAAUAUCAAAGAUGAUUCUGAGGACCUUAAGCCUGUCAUCGAUGGGGUGGAUGGGAUCAAGAUCUCUCAGGGGCUGGGGCUGCAAGACUUCGAUCUCAUCAGAGUUAUCGGGCGUGGAAGCUAUGCCAAGGUCCUCCUGGUGCGGUUGAAGAAAAACGACCAGAUUUACGCCAUGAAGGUGGUAAAGAAGGAGCUUGUCCAUGAUGAUGAGGAUAUCGACUGGGUGCAGACAGAGAAGCACGUGUUCGAGCAGGCAUCCAGCAACCCCUUCCUGGUCGGCUUACACUCAUGCUUCCAGACAACGAGCCGGUUGUUCCUGGUCAUUGAGUAUGUCAACGGGGGGGAUCUCAUGUUCCACAUGCAGAGGCAGAGGAAGCUUCCAGAGGAACAUGCCAGGUUCUAUGCUGCUGAGAUCUGUAUCGCUCUCAACUUCCUCCAUGAGAGGGGGAUCAUCUACCGGGACCUAAAACUGGACAACGUCCUCCUCGAUGCCGACGGACACAUUAAGCUGACGGACUACGGCAUGUGCAAGGAAGGCCUAGGCCCUGGUGACACAACAAGCACUUUUUGUGGAACCCCGAACUAUAUCGCCCCCGAAAUCCUGCGAGGAGAAGAGUACGGGUUCAGCGUGGACUGGUGGGCGCUGGGUGUCCUUAUGUUUGAGAUGAUGGCUGGGCGUUCCCCCUUUGACAUCAUCACGGACAACCCCGACAUGAACACUGAAGACUACCUUUUCCAAGUUAUCCUGGAAAAGCCAAUUCGGAUUCCCCGUUUCCUGUCUGUCAAGGCCUCACACGUAUUGAAAGGAUUUUUAAAUAAGGAUCCCAAAGAGAGGCUCGGCUGCCGGCCACAGACUGGGUUUUCCGAUAUCAAGUCCCACGCCUUCUUCCGCAGCAUAGACUGGGAUCUGCUGGAAAAGAAGCAGACUCUGCCUCCCUUCCAGCCCCAGAUCACAGAUGACUAUGGCCUGGACAACUUCGACACACAGUUCACCAGUGAGCCUGUGCAGCUGACCCCAGAUGAUGAGGACGUCAUUAAGAGGAUUGACCAGUCCGAGUUUGAAGGCUUUGAGUACAUCAACCCACUUCUGCUGUCUGCUGAGGAGUCUGUGUGAGGCCAUGAGCAUCUCUGUUGUGGACACGCCUGUGAAUGACCCUGUCACUUUACCCUUAACUACAGCAUAUGCAUGCCAGGCCAGGCACCGAGGCUCCGAGCAGCCAGGGAGGGAUGCUGGCCACCAAGACCGCAGAGGGGCGUCCAACAGGCACUUCUAAACAGAGCAAUCUCUUGUGUCCAGGCCCCAGAGGCUGGCUUUGUGCUGGAGGAACCGCUUCCUGUGUCCAUGGCGGCCCUAUUAGAGGGUGAGACAGCCACGCCAUUUUGAAAGGUGCACAUCUACCACAGAAACAGAACUCAUGCACUGACCCGCUCCAGGAAACGUUAGCGUGUAAUGCCCUGAGGAAUAAAGUGUACCGAUGAUGUUGAA